AUGGCGAAGUCGAGAAGUUUUUGGAAAGUAAAACGGUUAGUUUGGUUUAUUGUUCCUACAAUCGUAUUAGUACUCCUAGUAGUACGAUUUAUUAAUAAUUCCAAAGCUACUGAUCUACAAACAAUAUUACAGAAUUUACCUACCGAAAUAUCCCAAAGUAUCAAUAAUGCAAACAAUAAGCAACAAAAGGAUGCCGACAUCAUGUCAAGAUUUGAAGAACUAACAGAACAACUGUUGGCCAAACAAGAAGAACAAAGUAAAGAGUUUGAAAGAGAACGUAAGGUUCUAGAAAAGAAGAUCAAUGACUUGAAACCUGUACCAGAUGAUCUUACUUUGCGUGAGAAACUCGCCUACAAUUUCCCUUAUGAUCCCAAAGCUAGAUUCCCAGCUUUCAUAUGGCAAAUGUGGAACGGCAAAAUGGAUGACAUCGAAGUUCUUCUAAGUAGACAACAAUGGGGUGAUAAGAACCCAGGUUUUGUACAUGAAGUAUUUAAUGAUGAACUCAUGGAUGCCAUUGUACGCCACUUUUACCAUAGAAUCCCCGAAAUAAUGGACGCUUACACUACCAUGCCUACAAGAAUCCUUAAGAUUGAUUUUUUCAAAUAUUUGAUCUUGUUGGCUAGAGGUGGUGUGUAUGUUGACAUGGAUACAUUCCCUGUCCAACCUAUUCCAAACUGGAUUCCGGAGGCCAUAGAGCCAGGCGAGAUUGGGAUGAUAGUAGGUAUUGAACAUGAUGCUGCACCAAACACAGACUGGAAGAAAAAUUUUGUUAGAAGGUUACAAAUUGGUAAUUGGGUCAUUCAAGCCAAACCAGGUCAUCCAAUUCUUCGUGAAAUUGUUGCACAGAUAACGGAACUUACAUUACACCGUAAAGAAGAGAAUUCCUUACGUUUGAAUUUCCGUAAUGACUUAACUGUUAUGGGAUGGACAGGGUCUGGUGCUUGGACGGAUGUUAUCUUCACGUACUUCAACGACUACAUUAAGAGUGGUCUAAGGUCAAAGAUCACGUGGAGGGAUUUCCAUGACAUCAGGAGGCCGAAAUUACUGAGUGACAUUCUAGUGUUGCCUCAAUUUUCAUUUGCAUCGCCUCAAACAAUCGAGAAUGAUGAUCCUAGAAAGAAGUUUUAUUUUGUAGUGCAUUCCGCUACAAGGUUCUGGAAAGGCGCACCAAAAGUCGAACAAUAA